UAUUAUGAUUCAUGUCAUUUUUUUAUUGUGCAGAUCUUUAUAAUUUAAGAAAUCUAGAAUAUUUGAGAUUGGAUGGAAGCAGCAACGUGAAGAAUGAAUUUUUUAAAAGUAUUGGGAAUUUAACAUCCUUAAAAGUUCUGUCUCUAGCAAAUUGUCAUAUAAAUGACACUCUUCCUACGACUGAUUGGUUUAAGUUGAAGAAUCUCGAAGAGUUAGAUCUAAGUCAAAAUCUAUUUGUGGGACCACUCCCUUUGUCUUUCUUAAAUAUGACAUCUAUUCAGAAGUUGGAACUUUCACGAAAUCAAUUUAGUGGAAAGUUUGAUUCUAAUAUUGCUACUCUGACAUCACUUGAAUAUUUUGGUUUUACAGAAAACCAAUUUGAAGUUCUUGUUUCUUUUAGACCAUUUUUCAAUCUCUCAAACCUGAAGUUCAUAUAUGGUGAAAGAAAAAAAGUCAUAUUAGACUUACGACCUAGUAUGCAAACUUGGAUUCCUAAAUUUCAAUUACAAGUGCUUAGUUUGCCGUCAAUGAUUGCUACACAUUCUCUUCCGCUCCCCAGAUUUCUUCUACAUCAAAACAAUUUGACUAGCUUAGAUUUCAGUAAUUAUUGGUUUGAAGGAGGAUUUCCUCAUUGGCUGUUAGAAAACAACACAAAAUUGACUGAAGCUCUUUUGAGAAAUUGUUCUUUGAGUGGUACUAUGCAACUACCAUUGAGAUCUCUUUCUGGGUUACAGCGCCUUGAUGUGUCUGACAAUACCAUAAUUGGUGAAAUUCCAAGCAAGAAUAUGAGUGUUGUUUAUCCAAAUUUAGUUUAUGUAAACAUGUCUAGAAACCACAUCCAAGGUUCAAUUCCUCGUGAAUUAGGUCAAAUGAAGUUAUUACGCGAGUUGGAUCUUUCAUACAACCAAUUGUCUGGAGAAAUACCAGAAGACAUGUUCAAAAAGGACAUGAACCCUUACAUUAGAAACCAACUCUCAUACCAACUCUAUGUCUUGAUACUUUCAAAUAACAAGUUUGAGGGACCCGUUUUUACAAUACCCACUGAUUUAGAGUACUUAUCAUUGAAUGAUAACAAUUUUAGUGGUGAACUUCCGAGCAACAUUUUUGACAUAUCCAUCAUUUCAUUGGAUGUAAGCAACAAUCAUUUGGUAGGAAAGAUUCCAAGCUUUGGUAAUACAAUGACAAAUUUGUUGGAACUUCGUAUGUCCAAUAACAGCUUUGAAGGGUUCAUUCCAUUAGAAUUGGCACAACAACCAUAUCUACUUUAUUUAGAUCUCUCUCAAAAUCAUUUGACGGGCAUUGUACCAUCAUUUCUGAAUUCUUCUCUAAAAUUUAUCCAUUUGAGCAAUAAUCAUUUUAUUGGAGUGUCAAAGAAAAUGUUCAAUGGAAGCUCUCCUGUGGUGAUGUUAGACCUUAACUACAAAGAAAUAUCUGACAACAUUCAAGAUAUGAUACAAGACCUUAGUUAUUCAAAGUUGAAUUUUCUCUUUUUAAAAGGUAAUCACAUUACUGGGGAUAUACCAAAGGAGUUAUGCCAGAUGAAAUAUCUAACCAUGUUAGACCUUUCACACAAUAAAUUUUCUGGAGAAAUACCCCCUUGCUUUGGGAUAAUGCCUUUCGAUAAUAAUAACCUUGAUUCAUCAUUAAAAUUACUCAAAGGAAGCUUCUUUAUUGAGGAACGUGUAACGGAAGCUACAUCAAGAAGAACGGCGGUACCUCGCGCACCAGUAUCAACAAAGCAACAGAAAGUGACAGCGAGUUUCACUUCAAAAAGAAAUAUCUAUAUUUACAUGGGAAGUACUCUUACUUACAUGUCUGGAAUCGAUUUAUCACAGAAUAAACUGAAAGGAAAUAUCCCGUUUGAUAUUGGGAAUUUGACAAGAAUCCAAGCAUUAAACUUGUCUCAUAAUGAUUUAACUGGACAAAUUCCAGAUUCAUUCUCAAAUUUGGUUCAUACAGAGAGUUUAGAUCUUUCUUUUAACAAGUUGAGUGGUCAAAUUCCUCCAAAACUCAAUAAUCUAACAUUUCUUCAAGUAUUAAGUGUGGCACACAACAACUUAUCAGGUCCAAUUCCUGAAGGAGCACAAUUUAACACAUUUACUAAUACUAGCUAUGAGGAUAAUCCAUUUCUCUGUGGACCUCCGUUAGCAAAGAGUUGUCAUCAAACUCCUACAAUUAUUCGACAUAAACCAAAUUAUGAGGAAAGAUCGAUAGACAUGUAUUUCUUUCGUGUGAGCUUUGUUGUGUCAUAUACAUUAGCAUUGCUAGCAACUGCAGCAGUUUUAUACAUCAAUUCCUACUGGAGGCAAGUCUGGUUUUAUUACAUGGAAUUAGUGAGUUCAAAUUGUUACUACUUUAUUGUGGAUAACUUUUGUAGGUUUUGUAAUGCUCGCAAUAUAUAAUAACCAUUGGAUAUUUGUUU